UCAACACAAUGGGUAGAGAUCACACCACUAAGCAACACGCUAGAUCUGGUCACAGAGAAGCUCCAAAGUCCGAUAACGUCUACUUGAAGUUAUUGGUCAAGUUAUACUCUUUCUUGGCUCGUCGUACCGAUGCUCCAUUCAACAAGGUCAUCUUGAGAUCUUUGUUCUUGUCCAAGAUCAACAGACCUCCAGUUUCUGUCUCCAGAAUCGCCCGUGCCUUGAAGCAAAAGGGUGCUGCUGACAAGACCAUCGUUGUCGUUGGUACCGUCACUGCUGACUCCAGAUUGUUGGACUUCCCUAAGGCUACUGUCGCUGCCUUGAGAUUCACUGCUGGUGCCAAGGCCACCAUCUUGAAGGCUGGUGGUGAAGUCAUCACUUUGGACCAAUUGGCCCUCAGAGCUCCAAAGGGUCAAAACACCUUGAUUGUCAGAGGUCCAAGAAGUGCCAGAGAAGCUGUCAGACACUUCGGUAUGGGUCCUCACAAGAACAAGGCCCCAAGAAUCCUCUCCAAGGGUAGAAAGUUCGAAAGAGCCAGAGGUAGAAGAAACUCUAGAGGUUUCAAGGUCUAAGUGGGUUAGCCUUCUUAGCUUCUUGUCACAUAUUGUAUUCUUUACCUUGCCUUCUACUCGUGGAUUUAUAUCUAAUUGUAUAAUAAGAAUAUAAGGUCUUGGGUUUGCAUGUUCUUCUAAUAGUAUUUUAAUUUACGCAUUAUUAUUGUUAUUGUUAAAGUUAGCCUGAGUAGAAUAUAAGUUGAAUUAUAAG